AUGGGUUCGGCAACUCCUCUGGAAGAUGCCAUCCGCGCCAAGCUGACGGCAGCGCUCAGCCCGCUGACGCUGGAGAUCUACAAUGAUUCGCACCUCCACGCCCACCACAAGGCCAUGGCAGGCAACAUCUCCAAAGAGACGCAUUUCCGGCUAGUCAUCAUCUCCGAUGUGUUUGCGUCCAAGAUGCAGCCUGCACGCCAUCGAAUGGUCUACGCCCUGCUGCGAGAUGAGAUGGCCCUGGAGGGGGGCAUCCACGCUCUUCAGCUCAAGACUUUGACCCCUGAGGAAGAGAAACGCCAGCAGAAGAAGAAGGCAGCUGAAGCAGCGGCCAAAGAGGAGAGCGCCAAGAAGCAGGAUACCGCUGCCGCCGAGAAGACUGAGUCCAAAGCGGAGCCUGCAGAUGCGUAA